AUGUAUGGAGUUAAAUCAAUUAGCACUCCGCUGAGUACUUCUGGUGAUAUUUCUUCUGAUCGUAGCACUUUAUUAACUGAUGUUACUGAAUACGGUAGUAUUGUUGGAGCAUUGCAAUAUUUAACGUUUACUCGUCCAAACCUUGUAUAUGAUGUUAAUAAAGUUUGUCAAUUUAUGCAUGCUCCUAUCGAAUUUCACUGGGGUUUAGUUAAGCGUAUUCUCCGUUAUCUCAAGAGUACAAGUACAUUUGGUAUACUUCUUCGACCAUCACCGUCUUUACAAUUAUCUUUCAGUGCAUAUACUGAUUCUGAUUGGGUUGGUUCUCUUGACGAUCGUCGUUCUACUAGUGGAUGUUGUGUUUAUCUAGGUGGAAAUAUAAUCUCCUGGAGUGCUCAUAAACAGAAAACAAUAUCUCGCUCUAGUACUGAAGCUGAUUAUCGAGGACUUGCUAUUGUUACUGCUGAAAUUAUGUGGAUCCAGUCGCUCCUUUCGGAACUUCGUAUAUCUACACGUUCUCCACCUAUCUUAUAG